AUGUCUGGUACCAUUGUGCAAGAUUGCUUUCUGACGUGGAGAGUGAAAUCAAGUAGUCAGAAGGAGCUUGGAAUGGAUAAACAACAUCCUCAAAAGACCAAGAAAUUGGGGAUUUCCGGAUUUGGGAUCGAAACUACACUGGGGACUGCGCAUGUAGCUUCCAAUCACAGUGUCUACGUAGAGGCAAUUGCUGUGGGCGAUUUACUGGGAAAAUAUCCAGAUCUUAUGGAGGGGUUUAAUGAAUUUUUGCUACAAUCUGAAAAAAAUGAUGGUGGAUUCCUUGCUGGUGUUAUGAAUAAAAAGUCCUUAUGGAAUGAUGGACAUGGACUGAAACAAAUGAAGGGUGAAGACAGGGAAAGAGAACGGGAUCGAGAUAGAGACCGUUAUAGGGAUGAUGGGAUGAAAGAAAGGGACCGAGAAUUCCGAGAAAGGGAUAAAUCUACUGUGAUUGCCAGCAAGGAUGUUUUAGGUUCUAAGAUGUCUCUAUAUCCCAGCAAGGAUAAGUAUUUAUCAAAACCAAUAAAUGAGCUGGACCUUUCUAACUGUGACCAGUGCACUCCUAGUUACAGGCUCUUACCAAAAAAUUACCCAAUACCUAUAGCUAGCCAGAAAACAGAACUUGGUGCUGAAGUGUUGAAUGAUCACUGGGUGUCUGUCACUUCAGGGAGCGAGGAUUAUUCCUUCAAACAUAUGCGGAAAAAUCAGUAUGAAGAGAGCUUGUUUAGAUGCGAAGAUGACAGGUUUGAACUUGACAUGUUGUUAGAGUCUGUGAAUGUCACAACCAAACGAGUAGAAGAGUUGUUAGACAAGAUCAAUAAUAAUACAAUUAAAGGAGACAGCCCAAUUCGUAUUGAGGAGCACUUAACAGCUAUAAAUCUUAGGUGUAUUGAACGAUUAUAUGGUGACCAUGGGCUUGAUGUGAUGGAAGUGUUAAGGAAGAAUGCACCUCUAGCUUUGCCAGUGAUAUUAACGCGCUUGAAGCAGAAACAGGAAGAGUGGGCAAGGUGCCGUUCUGAUUUUAGUAAAGUUUGGGCUGAAAUAUAUGCCAAGAACUAUCACAAAUCUCUAGAUCAUCGUAGCUUCUACUUUAAGCAGCAGGAUACGAAAAGUUUAAGCACCAAAGCCUUGCUGGCAGAAAUCAAAGAAAUCAGUGAAAAGAAACGCAAAGAAGAUGAUGUCCUUCUUGCUAUUGCUGCCGGAAACAGACGGUCAAUUCUACCAAACUUGGAGUUUAAGUAUUCUGAUCUUGAUAUUCAUGAAGAUUUGUAUCAGCUCAUAAAAUAUUCCUGUGGUGAAAUUUGCACAACCGAACAUGUGGAUAAAGUUAUGAAGGUUUGGACAACGUUUUUAGAGCCCAUGCUUUGUGUUCCUCCUCGGCCCCAGGGUGCAGAGGAAACAGAAGAUGUUGUCAAGACUAAGAAUAAUCAUGUCAAAAAUGGCAAUGCAAGUGUUGCUGACAGUGAUGGUAGCCCUGUUGGGGGUGCUACCAUCAUGAAUCCAAAGCAUAUAAAUGUUUCCAGAAAUGGGGAUGGUUGUAUGCCAAUAGAUCAAUCAACUUCUAGCAAAGCAUGGCAAUCAAAUGGUGAUAUUGGGGUUAGGGAGGAUAGGUAUCUUGAAGACCGUGCAGUGCGUAAAACUGAAACUUUGGGAAGUAAUGCACAGCAUGGCAAAAUGAAUAAUAUUGCUUUCACACCUAAUGAACUAUCAGGAUUUAAUAAUAAGCAAGACCAGUCCAGCGAGCGGUUAGUGAAUGCAAAUGUCUCACCAGCAUCUGGAAUGGAGCAAAGCAAUGGAAGGACAAACAUAGAAAACUUGUCAGGACUCACUGCCACGCCAACUAGACCUGGUAAUGCUUCUGGUGAGGGAGGACUUGACAUACCACCUUCAGAGGGUGGUGAUUCUGCAAGACUGGGUACAUCCACAAAUGGGGCCAUCACUGGAGGCACCAAGGUUCACCGAUACCAAGAGGAAUCAGUUCGACCCUUCAAAAGUGAAAGAGAAGAGGGUGAGUUAUCUCCUAACGGAGAAUUUGAAGAAGAUAACUCUCCAGUUUAUGGAGAUAUUGGUUUGGAUGCAGUGCAUAAAGGAAAGGAUGUUGGUGUGAGUCGGCAAUAUCAAGAUAGACAUGGGGAUGAAGUUUGUGGUGAAACAAGAGGAGAAAAUGAUGCUGAUGCUGAUGCUGAUGAUGAAGGUGAAGAAAGUCCUCACAGGUCGUCAGAGGACAGUGAAAAUGCAUCUGAAAAUGUUGAAGUUUCUGGAAGCGAGUCUGCUGAUGGUGAGGAGUGUUCUCGAGAAGAUAAUGAGGAUGGGGAACAUGAUAACAAGGCUGAGAGUGAAGGUGAAGCUGAAGGAGUAGCUGACGCCCAUGACAUUGAAGGAGAUGGGAUGUCAUUGCCAUAUUCUGAACGCUUUCUCCUGACUGUGAAGCCACUAGCAAAGCAUGUUCCUCCAAUGUUACAAGAGAAGGACAGGAAUUCACGAGUUUUCUAUGGAAAUGAUUCUUUUUAUGUGCUUCUUAGACUUCAUCAGACAUUAUACGAGAGGAUACAAUCAGCGAAAAUUAACUCAUCAUCUGCUGAUAGAAAAUGGAAGGCUUCGAGUGAUACAAGCACCACUGAUCAAUAUGACAGGUUCAUGAGUGCCCUUUACAGUUUGCUGGAUGGUUCUGCUGAUAAUACAAAAUUUGAGGAUGAUUGCCGAGCUAUAAUUGGCAUUCAAUCAUAUGUCUUAUUCACAUUAGACAAGCUGAUAUAUAAACUUGUUAAACAGCUUCAAGCUGUUGCCGCUGAUGAGAUGGAUAAUAAACUUCUACAACUAUAUGCAUAUGAGAAAUCAAGAAAACCUGGGAAAUUUGUUGACAUAGUUUAUCAUGAAAAUGCCCGUGUUCUUCUACAUGAUGAGAAUAUAUAUCGCAUUGAAUAUUCACCUGGAGCAAUGAAACUGUCUAUUCAACUGAUGGACUCAGGACAUGAUAAACCUGAAGUGACUGCUGUUUCAAUGGAUCCUAAUUUUUCGACCUAUCUACUCAAUGACUUCCUGUCUGUCGUCCCUGACAAAAAAGAGAAGUCAGGAAUUUUCUUGAAGAGGAAUAAACAUAGAUAUGCUGGUAAUGAUGAAUUUUCAAGCCAGGCUAUGGAAGGACUUCAGAUUAUUAAUGGUCUGGAGUGCAAGAUAGCUUGCAGUUCAUCUAAGGUCUCGUACGUUUUAGAUACUGAAGACUUUUUGUAUCGGGUGAGAAGGAAACGAAGAAUCUUGCGUCCGAAGAAUUCAGGCGCCCAUGAACAGGCACAGUCUUCGAACAUUCGUUCAAGAAGACUUUUCUUUUGUCUUCUUAGCAAAUCAGCAUCAUUUACACUUGCCGCAGAGGUACGGCUGGAUAGUUUAUAUAACUUUUGGCUCUUUAUUGAGUAA